AGCAAACUGUAUCCAAGAGAUCCAAAUGAUCAACAACAGAUGUUUUUCCAGAGAAAACUGCUGGAAGCUGUUCAAUGACGAAUCUGAACUGCUUCGGGCGUCACCGCAGACGAACAGCCCCGCAGAGCAACGGCAGCAGAAAUGAGCUGUUCGCUCCACCACUUCACUCCAGGAUCAACGGCUGGUCUCUGCCUCUGCACAGCCUCCAGCUCCUCGCCUGGCUCGUCUACAGCUUCAUGGCCAUCGUCGGCUUCGGUAUCUACGUGCCUCUUCUGCCGGCGCCGUGGAGCUUUGCAGCGUACGCCUUGAUCGGCACGGCGUUUGUUCUGCACUUGGUGACUCACGUGGCGGCGGUGACGAUCGACCCCGCGGAUCUGAGCGUUCGGAGGAGGAAGGAUUACUCCAGCCCCAUGCCUGUGUUUGACAACACCAAACAUCAGCACAUCAUCCACAAUCUGCACUGCACGCUGUGUGAGGUGGACGUCGGACCUAAAGCCAAACACUGCAGCACCUGCAACAAAUGCAUCGCAGACUUCGACCAUCACUGCAAAUGGCUAAACAACUGUGUGGGAGGAAGGAACUACAGGUUCUUUUUCAUAACCGUCUUGUCUGCUGUCAUUGGGAUGAUCCUCCUCAUUCUUGUGGUCUUGUUUGUCUUCAUCGAGCACUAUGUGAACCCUGCUGUCCUGCGCACCGCGCCGCAGUUUCAGACUGUGAAAGGCAACGACUCGUGGCUGGUUUUCUUGCCGGCGGCUCCUUUAGAGACGAGCUCCAUUGGUCUGCUGGCUCUGGCCUUCAUCACAGUCCUGCUGGCUCUGGCUGCUCUCUUGCUGCUCUGCCACUUACUGUGCUUCCACAUUUACUUACUGUCUCAGGGCAUCAGCACUUAUGAGUACAUCGUCAGGAAUCGUCAGUCAACGAAUCCUAAAGAGAAAGAGCAGGUUCCUCCGGCGCUGCCGUCUAACGGAGCCACCACACAGAGUCUCGGGCCGCUGGAGUCCCCUGUGAACUGUGACGCGCCGCUCUCCAGCAGGUCUUGUACCUUUAAACUGGAAGACAGAGGACAAACAUCCGGUCGACUGCCAGAACCCAUCUGUGCUGAGUUGGAGGAAGUGAAUGGAGAGAGACAUCUGGAAUACAGCUCUGAAUCACCAACUCAGAUGAUCGCAGGUGAGCCUGUGAUGUCACUUCCUGUGGGCUGGAACCUCAGCGGGAUAGAGAAGCCUCAAGCCCCGGUACGAAGUGUGGAGAAGCCUGCGGAGGGCAGGCCGAUCGUCCAGGACCCGCUGGGAAGCUCCAUCAUGGACGCAGCCGUGGUUCAUCAGCAGCUGAUGACAGAGGCGCAGACGCAGUAUUUAGGGUUCAAAGAGCAGAUGCCAUGAGUCAAAACCAUAGACUGUAUAAAAACAUGGACGUAGUGUCCGUGAC